CAGCUCGACUGAGCACAGCAACAUCCCUCCAGAAAAAAAAAAAAAAACACAUCCAGCCAUGUCCCGCGAAGCCUACCAAGUCCCGACCGGCUCGUCCGGCGCCAACUUCAACACGGGCGGCCAGGGCGCCAACGCGACCCGCGCCGUCGACCCCCUCGGCGAGCACGCCAGCAUAAACUACCUCUGCGGCGACUGCGGGACAAAGUUCCCGCUCAAGCGCAACGAGGCCAUCCGCUGCCGCGAGUGCGGAUGCCGCGUGCUGUACAAGGAGCGGACCAAGAGAAUGGUUCAGUUCGAGGCUCGGUAAACCCUGUAGCCAGAAGACAAGGAUAGCAAUGCAUAUUUCAGCAUACUGCAUGAAGAGACAUUUUUGGCAAGCCGGUUGCGGAAUCCACGACAACCGGUGAGAGCAGCGCAAACGCAGGGCUAGUAUGGAAACAGCCCUGCACGCAAUCAAAACAUUUAGUUGGAGUUUAGGAGUUCCCCCGAUCAUGGGAGGUAGAUGCGAUAUGUGGCCCCCCCAGGACUACGCCGCACAGGGUUUAACUUGAGAAUAAAA